AUGAAACUCCUGAUGUCGGACUAUCAAGUUACAUUAGUCAAUAAUAAGAUGUCAGAGUUCACCGUCAAAUUCCAUGGUCCAGCAGAGACACCUUUUGCUAAAGGAGUAUGGAAGAUUCACGUCGAACUCCCAGAAGCAUUCCCGUACAAAUCACCUAGCAUUGGAUUCAUGAAUAAGAUCUUCCAUCCUAAUAUUGAUGAGUUAAGCGGAAGUGUAUGUUUAGAUGUCAUAAAUCAGACAUGGUCACCAAUGUUCGAACUCAUCAAUAUCUUCGAAAUCUUCUUACCCCAGUUACUGCGAUACCCAAACCCCGCUGAUCCCCUAAACGGCGAAGCAGCUGCUCUACUCAUGCGUGAUCCCAAAGCGUACGCUAAGAAAGUCGAAUCGUACGUUGAACGAUACGCUACCCCGGAAGAUGCCAAUCAAGCUGGAGAUGAUGAUGACGAAGAUGAUGAUGAUGAGAUGGAUACACCAUUGCGGAAGAGGACCAAUGGCCACUUGAAUGGUAAUGGGAAUGGGCACACGAAUGGAGAUAGUAAGAAAGCCAAUGGGAAUGGGACCAACGGAGAAGAUCUGGAUGCGGAAGAAGACGAAGAUGAGGAUGAUACAAUGAGUGAUAUGGGUGAAUUAAGCGAUGAAGAUGAUAUAAUGGGGAAGAUGGAUGAUUAG